GAGAUUGCGUUGAAGUGUUGCCAACACCCAGUUCUCACGCAUGAUGUGGCGCAAGUCGAAAGUGAUCGUCGAUUAACUUGCAGCUUUCGGCGGAUAAUCUUCAGGGCAAAGCUACAGGUUAACAGCAACGUUCCUUAGGGAGUAAUCCCUAACAUCAUUACCUGGGAUUCCAAGGUUUUAACUCUAUAAAACAACUUUAAGGAAACCGUAGCGUCGCCAUGCCUUCCAAGAAGGGGUCACGUCGCGAAUCAAGGGGUCGUCCAGAUCAAUAUGCCUACAACUCCCCUUUCUAUGACGCUUGGGGUGAAGCGUAUUCCACCGCAGGACGUAGUAACACAAGACGUCUUCCGGCACUGGCCUACUACAACGAAGACCCGUACAGACGGACUCCAGCUUCCUUGUUCAUUCCGUCCAAUGCCUCAACAGAUAGUUACGACGAAGUCUGGGAAAGAUCUAAGAAGGGGAAGACGAAAAGGCGCUCUUGUAGCGGAAGAAUGGUUGUCCUGAUAUUUUUUGUGGCCCUGGUACUCAUAGGUGUGACAGCUGCUGCAAUUGUGUUUGCAACUCAAAGUGAUAUCCCAUAUACAGGAUCGGUGUCCCCCCUCACCUUGACCGGGGAAAUCACCUUGACCAAUGUGGUCUUUACUGCGGCACACAACGACCCCUCAUCGACCACCUACAGAGCGCUGGCCACCCAGAUUUGUAACGGGGUUGCAGAAAUUUACAAGGCCAGUGUGAUGGCGAACAUAUAUAAAAGCUGUACUGUGGACAGAUUUAGGGCGGGCAGUGUGACAGCAGGGUUUACCGUAGGGUUUGAUUCCACAAAGAUUCGGAAUCCUGGAAUUAGUAAAACCCAGGCUGCAACUAUUCUACACAAAGCUUUUGUCUACGAUAACUUCGCUUUCUCUGGACUCCAGAUAGACAAGGGAACAUUGAAAUUUGAAGUCCCUCCGGAAACAACUACAACAUCUACUGCCACCCCAACUCCAACCACAACUACCACCACAACAACAACCACAACUACCACCACAGCAACUACAGCAACAACGCCUACUACAAGUACUGCAGCUACUACGACAUCCGCGCCAACCACAGCAACUACACCUACUACAACUACUACACCCACUACAAGUACUACAGGUACUACAACAUCUGCACCUACCACAGCAACUACACCUACUACAACUACUACAACUACUACACCCACUACAAGUACUACAGGUACUACAUCCACGAAUCAACCACCUACACUGAGUACCACAGUAGACACCACGUCAAGUGCCGUUAGUACUGCAGAACCUACAACUGCAGAAUCUGCAACAACUGAGGUGACAACAACUGAGCUUCCACUUACCACAGAGGCACCGGAGCCAGAACAAGUUGUAACAAACAACACAAUGAAAAUAGACUCUGAGUUCACGGCGGAGUUGACCAAUACUUCCUCCCAGGAAUACAAGAACUUCACUGAGGACUUCUGUAAAGAGAUAGUGGCAGCAUAUAAGAAUGGACCUCUAAAUGAAAGUCAGCCAACAUGUGAAGUAACAGAAGUAAGGAAUGGAAGUUUAUACGUCUUCUUCUUUAUGGCAUACCUUAAAGUAGAAGUUGUUGCCGUCGCUGAGACUAUGUCUUAUGCGGACAACACUACAGGGAAUACGUCCACAAUAGCCCCGCCACGGCCUACCUCGGUGAACGUGGUCCAAUUAUUGUUGCACCUUUUAGUUGUUGUAAUCGAAGAGGUUCAGAAAGCCCCAGAUGAUGGCAAAUCAGGCUUCAGUUUACUCAAAAAAGCACAAAAAGAGACUUUGAAGGUAGAAGAGAUCAAUUAUUGUCAGGAGGAUCCCUGCCAAAACAACGCCACCUGUAAGAACAUGAAAAAGAAGUACAGAUGUGACUGCUUACCUGGAUAUAGAGGGAAGGACUGUGAAACAGAAAUUGAUGAAUGCAGAUCAAACCCAUGCAAAUAUGGCGGUAACUGUACAGAUAUGAUCAAUGGGUUCCUGUGUCAUUGUCUAGUGGGUUACUCUGGCGUGCAGUGCCAAAUAAGACCUACAACUACAACUAGUACAACAACCAGUACGACGACAACAACUCCAGCUCAAACCAGUGAUACAACUAGUACAACAGUGACAACAACUGGAACUCUAACAAGUAAUACAACUAGUACAGCAUCAACAACAACAGCAGCUACUACAAAUACAGUCACAACAACGGGAACUACUAUGUCUGGUAUAAGACAGACCACCUCCGUCGGUACACUACCAACCACACCAACUGUUACUAGUACAAGACCGACCACCCAAACUGGUACAGGACCGACCACUCCACCUGGUACAGGGUCGACCACUCCACCUAGUACAAAACCAACCACCACACCUGGUACAGGGCUGACCACCCCACCUGGUACAGGGCCGACCACUCCACCUAGUACAAAACCGACCACCUCACCUGGUACAGGACCGACCACUCCACCUGGUACAGGGCCGACCACUCCACCUAGUACAAAACCGACCACUCCACCUGGUACAGGGCCGACCACCCCACCUGGUACAAAACCGUCCACCUCACCUGGUACAAGACCUACCACCACAAUGGGUACAGGACCAACCACCCCACCUGGUACAAAACCAACCACCCCACCUGGUACAAAACCAACCACCCCAAUUGGUGGUCUCAGAGAGUCCAAAGGGGAAACACCAGGCUAUAAAGUAACAACAGUGGCAACUUUUUCGCGACCGGCAAACUUCUCCAACGAAUGCGUACAGGCCAUUGAAAGUGCUACAAAUUACUGGUUCCAGCAAAAUGAUAUCAGUGUCAAUAUAACUAAUCUUUCAAGAAGUAUUUGUGACUCAUACCACACACGAGUGGUAUUUGAGGGACUUACCUUCACCAUGGAUGGAAAUAAGGUUUACCAGAAGAUGAAGUUUGGUUAUCACUUCUACAAUAUGACAUUUCCAAAAGAAGUGUUGACAGCCAAAAAGGUUCGUGAUUGUGGAAAUAAAAUCAUGGAAUACUUUGAAGCAAACCCUGCUCCUUACAAUGUAACUGCAACCAGGAAAUGCCCUGCUCUGGGUGCAACUGAUGUCAGACACAAUGGGACAGUGAGGUGUAGAAUUGGAAAGGUGGUCAAAGAAGAUGGUGAUGAAAAUGAUGGAGUUUGUCUACCAGUUCCAUCCAAAGUGCUAACACUCCAGUUUAAUGUGACAUCAUCAGGAAAUACAUCAACACCCAAGAGCUGUUGGCAGUAUUAUAGCAACAUCAUGGAUCAACGAUUUGUAGCUUAUUCUGUCAAUCUUGGUGACUUGGUGUAA